AUGAAGGUCAUCUCCACGGUUGUCUCAGCUUCGCUCCUGAUUGGAUCGGUAACUGGACUACUUGGCGGCACACCAGUUUCCCCCGACGGCGCUUCUGAGGACCGCCGCUUACAACAAAAAAGUUACACAACCGGCAUUCGCAUGGACAUCGACCCUAAAUCGAGCGACGAUUUCAGCUACUGUGGUGGUGUUCUUAUCUCUCGGUCUCAUGUGCUAACGACGAUGACGUGCACUUUAGAGGGAAAUGCUAAAUUCGUGUCAGUUGGUGCGAUUUAUAUUAACGGUGGUGAAGACGGCGACGAGAUUAAGGUCGUGAGCGUCACGAAACACCCGCACUUUAACAAUGAAACGCUUUCGAACAACUUUGCCGUGUUAAAGCUGGCGAGAGAAGUAAAAGCUGAUAUUAAACCAGUGAAGCUUCCGACACCUGGUACUGAAAUCCAACCUGGGAAGUGGGCGACGGCCCUGGGUUGGGGUCUUACCUCGGCUGACGGUAUGGCCUCCGAUGUGCUGCUCAAGCUGGAUCAGCAGUUGAUAUCCAACGAGGAUUGCCGCACCGUGUUUAACUCAUCCACUUUUGAUAUGACCCACGUGUGCGCUGGUGGUGAGGCGGGUAAAUCACCGUGCCAGGGAGACAUUGGUGGUCCGCUGAUCUACGAAAAUUCCAAGGGAGACUGCGAUGACGUUCUGAUUGGUUUAAUCAGCGGUGGCACUGACAUCGGCUGCGGUACCGAGGGAUACCCCGCUAUCUACUCGCGUGUAUCGUCGGUACAUGAAUGGAUCACCACUACCAUGAAGGCAUAA